AUUUUACAACUUGAGAUGAACGAGUAUAAAUAUCAUUACUUACUUACAAGUUUCGACAUCGAAUCUUUUGAUUUAGAAGAUUUUAAAUAUAAUUUCGUGAAUAUCACCUCAUUUCGUUUGGUAGAUGUCGGAGAUAUAAACGUUCGAAACAUCUUAAAGGGCAUGGAAGACUACAAUAGCGAACACAACAAUAAUACAAUUUAUUACCGGGAGCUGCGAACAAUAAAAACAGAACCCGCCUUGGUAUACGAUUCCGUAUAUGUAUUUGCGAUUGGUUUGAAAACAUUAAAACAAUCGCUUACUUUGCAUAUUUCCAAUGUGUCGUGUGAAAGUGAAAAUCCGUGGAUUGAGGGUUUGAGUUUGAUAAACUACAUAAACUCGGUGGAGUGGCGGGGUCUGUCGGGUCCCAUACAAUUUAAAGAAGGCCAACGUACACAAUUUAAACUGGAUCUGGUAAAACUGAGGCAACAUUCUUUGGUUAAAGUGGGAGAGUGGUCUCCACAAACUCGCCUCAACAUAACUGAGCCUUCUCUGUUUUAUGAUAACAAUACAGUAAAUAUUACACGUACACUAGUUGUCAUCACAAUAUUGGAAACGCCUUAUGUGAUGAUGCAUUACGGUAAAAAUUUCACAGGAAAUGAGCGGUUUUAUGGAUUUUGCAUUGACAUACUCGAGUUAAUUGCUCGUGACAUUGGGUUUGAUUACAUCCUUGAUCUUGUACCGGACCGAAAGUAUGGUGCGCAAGACCCAUUUUCAGGCGAAUGGAACGGAAUGGUGUCGCAACUGAUGAAAUACAAAGCUGAUUUAGCUGUGGGUUCAAUGACAAUCACUUAUGCCCGAGAAAGCGUAAUCGACUUCACCAAGCCAUUCAUGAAUUUGGGAAUAAGUAUCUUAUUCAAGGUUCCAUCAUCACCAGCUUCUCGUCUGUUCUCUUUUAUGAAUCCUUUGGCUUAUGAUGUGUGGCUUUAUGUUUUAUCAGCAUAUUUUUCGGUAUCAUUUACAAUCCACAUAGUGGCGAAAUUUUCUCCCUUUGAGUGGCGUGAUAAAUACCUCUGUGACAAGAAGAUUCCUACUAUAACUAAUCAGUUUUCAUUAGCCAAUAGUUUUUGGUUUACAAUCGGUACACUAAUGCAGCAGGGAUCGGAUAUAAAUCCGAAAUCGAUAUCAACUCGAAUUGUCAGUGCUGUAUGGUGGUUCUUUACCUUAAUAAUUAUUGCUUCGUACACAGCCAACUUGGCAGCAUUUUUAACUGUUGAACGAAUGAUAACACCCAUUGAAAAUGCUGAGGACUUAGCUAGUCAAACAGAGAUAUCCUACGGUACGCUGGAGAGUGGUUCAACAAUGACUUUUUUUCGUGAUUCAAUCAUUGAGACAUAUCGAAAAAUGUGGCGCAACAUGGAAAAUAAAAAAGCCACCGCUUUUACUACCACCUAUGAGGAGGGCAUAAAGCGUGUUAAUCAAGGUAAUUACGCGUUUUUAAUGGAAUCCACAAUGCUUGACUAUAUUGUGCAGCGCGACUGUAAUUUAACACAAAUCGGAGGUUUAUUGGACACUAAAGGUUAUGGAAUUGCUACACCUAAGGGUUCGCCUUGGCGGGAUAAAAUGUCACUGUCUAUUCUAGAGUUGCAAGAAAAGGGAGAUAUACAAAUAUUGUACGACAAGUGGUGGAAAAAUGCAAGCGAUACUUGUAUACGGAAAAGUAACAAUAAACAGACAAAAGCAAACGCCCUUGGCCUUGACAACAUUGGUGGAGUUUUUGUUGUACUGUUAGUGGGGAUAUGUUUAGCAGUCUGCGUAGCAAUAUUUGAAUUUUGGUAUCAUUAUCGCACUAGAAAUAGUAGAAUCGAUCUCCUGGAAUAUCCCAUCAGCAAAACACUGGAAGGUGACCAAUCUGUUGAACUGGAAUUGAUCCAAAUGGAUGAGAGAUUACUACCUUGCAAACAUGUUACUGCUUACUGUUGUUCAGAAAAGCCAGCCCAACUUUCGCUCUGUGGCGAAAUGAUGGACGAGUUUCGUUAUGCUUUACGAUGUAUGGACUCGCAUAAGCGGCCAGCAUUCAAACGUCGUUGUCCAGCAUGUACUUUAUUUAAAGAUGUUAAAGAUUUUGUUAAUAUCGAAAACAGAACAAUAAUCGAUGUACACUUCAAUCUACCUGGUGGGUGUGAAACGACCGAAUCAAACGGAUCUGUUAUGUAAUAUAUAUAUAUAAGGGAUGAAAAAUUUUAAGCUUCAGAAAAAAACAGUUAUUUAAACCUUUGCAAUUCCAAAUGGUGAAAUAUUCAAAACUUCUAAUGUACUUAAUUAUUUUGUUAUUAAUUUUAAUCUGAAUUUUUAACUGGCGAAAAAAAAUUACCAUUUAAAUAAACGUUUUCAACUGAUGUUGUAAAAAGAUAUG